CCCACCGGCAUCCCUCGGCCAUGGGCUCCCUGUUCCGCGGCGAGACGAUGUGCCUGGCCCAGCUUUUCCUCCAGGCGGGCUCGGCCUACGAGUGCCUCAGCGCCCUGGGCGAGCGCGGCCUGGCCCACUUCAGAGACCUCAAUCCAAGUACCAGUGUGUUCCAGAGGAAGUAUGUGGGUGAAGUGAAGAAGUGUGAAGAAAUGGAAAGGAUAUUAGGAUACCUGGUGCAAGAAAUUAAGAAGGCAGACAUUCCUCUUCCUGAAGGAGAAGCUACGCCUCCUGCCCCUCUGCUUAAGCAGAUGUUGGAGAUGCAGGAGCAACUGCAGAAGCUGGAGGUGGAGUUGAGAGAAGUGACGAGAAACAAAGAGAAGCUGAGAAAGAACCUGCUCGAGCUGACGGAAUAUACUCACAUGCUCCGUUUGACGCGGUCCUUUGUCAGAAGAACUGAGUUUGAGUCCUGUGUACAGACCAAUUAUGAAGAAUUCCCGUCUUUAGAAAGUGACCCUUUGGUGGACUACAACUGCAUGCACAGGCUUGGUGCUAAAUUGGGAUUCGUAUCCGGCUUAAUUCACCGAACAAAAAUCGAAGCCUUUGAAAAAAUGCUGUGGAGAGUCUGCAAAGGAUACACGAUUCUUUCUUAUUCUGAACUCGAAGAGUGUCUCGACGAUCCCGAUACAGGAGAACCUACCAGGUGGUUUUGUUUCUUAAUAUCUUACUGGGGUGACCAGAUAGGCCAAAAGGUUAAGAAGAUAUGCGACUGCUACCAUUGUCACAUCUACCCUUAUCCUAACACGCCUGAGGAUCACCAAACGGUUAUGGAAGGACUCCAAGUUCGUAUUCAGGAUCUGCACAUUGUGCUGCAUAAAACUGAAGAUUACUUGCGGCAAGUUUUAUGCAAAGCGUCUGAGUCAAUCUACACCUGGGAUGUCCAAGUGAAGAAGAUGAAAGCCAUUUAUCACGUGCUUAACCUCUGCAGCUUUGAUGUUACCAACAAAUGCCUCAUUGCGGAGGUCUGGUGCCCGGUUGCUGACCUGCCGAACAUGCGCCGAGCCCUCGAGGAAGGAUCUAGAGAAAGUGGAGCUUCAGUCCCAUCAUUCAUCAACACAAUCCCGACAACGGAGACACCUCCUACUUUGAUCCGCACGAAUAAAUUUACAUUGGGGUUCCAAAACAUUGUUGAUGCAUAUGGGAUUGGAAAUUACAGGGAAGUCAAUCCAGCUCUGUUCACCAUAAUCACCUUCCCAUUUAUAUUUGCGGUCAUGUUUGGAGACUGCGGCCACGGCUUCCUGAUGUUCUUGUUUGCUCUCUUAAUGGUCAUGUUUGAAAAACACCCGCGACUGAUGCGAUCGCAAGACGAGAUCAUGAAAAUGUUCUUCGAUGGGCGAUACAUCAUCUUGCUGAUGGGCUUGUUUUCGGUGUACACCGGCUUGAUCUACAAUGACUGUUUUUCAAAGUCUUUGAAUAUAUUUGGCUCCCAUUGGAACGUUUCACAAAUGUUUGAGCAGAAAGUGUGGAAACCUGAGGAUUUGAAGAAUUCGCAUUUGAUGCUGAAUUCAGCGGUGACUGGAGUGUUCAGAGGAGCGUAUCCUUUUGGGAUAGACCCGAUUUGGAGCCUGGCAAGCAAUCGCCUCAGCUUCUUAAAUUCCUUCAAAAUGAAAAUGUCUAUAAUUCUUGGAGUGAUCCACAUGACGUUUGGCGUUGCCUUGGGGGGCUUUAAUCACGUGUAUUUCAAACAGAAGUACAAUAUUUAUUUGGUGUUCAUCCCUCAACUUCUGUUCCUGCUGUCCAUCUUUGGGUACCUUGUAUUUUUGAUCAUCUUUAAAUGGCUGGCUUGUACCGCCAACGACCCCGAGCCUGCUCCCAGCAUUCUGAUUCACUUCAUUAACAUGUUCUUGUCUCCUGCUUCAGAAGAAAAGCAGCUCUUUUUCCAAGGACAGAUGAUUGUACAGAGACUUCUAUUGGCUAUUGCUUUGCUUUCAGUUCCUGUGCUGCUUUUUGGAAAACCAUUUUAUUUAUACUGGUUGAACAACGGGCGCAAAGGAUUUGGGCCAUACAGAAAAGGUUACCAGUUAGUUCGAAAGGAAAGCGAAGAAGAGCUUGCUCUGUUGAGGACUCACGAUAUGGAAGAGGGAGACGGCUCUUUGGACAACCGGCACAAAGAGGAAGAGAAAAAAAAGUUUGUCUUUGGUGACGUGUUCAUGGAUCAAGCUAUCCAUACCAUUGAAUACUGUCUCGGAUGCAUCUCCAACACAGCUUCAUACCUGAGGCUCUGGGCUCUCAGUCUGGCCCACGCCCAGUUAUCCGAAGUGCUGUGGGCCAUGAUAAUGCGGGUGGGCCUUCGCGUGGAUGCCUCUUACGGGAUCCUGCUCCUGAUUCCAGUUUCGGCCUUAUUCAUGGUUUUAACAAUAUUUAUCCUUUUAGCCAUGGAGGGUCUUUCAGCUUUUCUACACGCUAUCCGGCUUCACUGGGUAGAGUUUCAGAACAAGUUCUAUAAAGGCGAAGGAUACAAGUUCACACCUUUCUCUUUUCAUGGCAUUUCUUUACAUUUUAAUAAAGAAAUUACAUAGUUGCGUGCUGUAGGCACUAAGUCUGUGGAGUUGUCUGUAAAAACAAUCAUGUUCCUAGACGUCUUUCUUAUACAGCUCACUAUAGAAAAGCGCAUUUUCCCCAUUGAUUGCCUUAUGAUGCAGCCAAAUACCUUUGUAAUAUGAAUAUACCUCUUUCACUUGAAUUUUGCAAGUAUGGGACCUCUUGUAGCAGACACAAAAUGUUCUUAUUCCCCCCCCC